CCAAUCUGUCAGCAUCACGUCCGAAACGCAAUACGGAGAGACGUACAAAAUUGUAAGUACAUGUACUAAUUGGAACCCUGAAGAAGGUAAUAGGCAUGGCUUCUAAGCGAAAAUAUACAGGCUGUUCAAAAAGUAUUGGUAAACCAAGAGCUGAAAGGUCUACGUUAGAGUACGUCUUCAUCCAUGACCUUGACCGUGAUCGUCAUGUCCAGAAAGUAGGGAAGGGACUGAAUAUCUCCAAGAAUAUGUUUCGUGAAGGAAAAUUUCCUGAAUUACAAAGUAUAUCUUUGCCAAUGAGCCUAGCCAUGACCAACAAGGCCAUUUCAAGAUCAAAUAAAUGUUCAAGCAGACCCCUUACUUUCUGUCGAUGAUAUUAUUAUCAGCAGGCGAAACGAAGAAUAUAAUUUAUUGCUGCAUUAAAAUGUUGAAUAAAAAAUGUUGAUUGAAUUGGAUUUGUUUCUCUGGGCCCAAUCUCCACACUAAGGCGAAAGG